AAUAAUAUGGCUCACCUCAGUGGAAGGCGCGUUAAUUUACAAUUACUACGACAACUUGGUAGAAAAGAGUUUUCCAGUUGCUUUGAAGAAAUAAAUGGAACAAUAUGUAUCGGCUGGUGCGAUGAUGCAUUGCGUGACGCUUUAAACUUGAUUGUAGACAUGCCAUAUCUGCAAGAAAUCAACGUUAUCAAAAUGUUCGUUGCAGAGAAAGGCGCAAUUGUUCCAAAUAUUGCACCAAAUGUAGUGUUUAUAACAAAACCAAAUCUCGAUUCUAUCCAAUUAAUCUGUGAAGUAAUUUUACGAACGAAAGAGAACGAUCGUUCCAGCGAUCAUGUGAAAUACCAUUUGAUGUUUGUACCAAGAAGAUGUUUUUUGUGCGAAGAGAGGUUGAAGGAGAUGGGAGUGUUUGAAACGGUCAAAGAUCGAAUCUAUGAAUGUGCCAUCGAUUUCUACCCAUUAGAUAAUGACUUCUUUUCGAUGGAGCUUCCCGAAUGUUUUAGAGAAUACUGCUUAGAAGAUGAUACUUCAUCCCUUUUUGUCGCAGCGAGAGGAUUGAAUUGUCUUCAGAAUAUGUUUGGAACAAUUCCGCGUGUUUACGGAAAGGGAAAGGCAGCUGAACUGGUAUUCCAGUAUAUGGCUAGAAUGAGGGGCGAAACCUCGACAGGAAAUGCUGCGAUAUCAGAAGUGACUCCAGUUUUCGACAAUCUCCUUCUAAUUGACAGAUCUGUAGAUCUGCUCUCUCUUCUACCAACUCAACUAACUUAUGAAGGUUUACUGGAUGAAACUGUUAGAAUCAGAAGCACGGCUGCCAAAUUCCCUGCAACUAUUUUUAAAAGCGAAGACAGACAAACGCAGCAGCCGUUAUCUGAAACAAUAGAGAUGAAGAAAAUUUUUCUCUCUUCUGCUGAUCCCAUGUAUAUCGAAACUCGCGACAAGGAUUAUCGACUUGUUGGGCCUCACUUGGUGAAGAAGUUGGACACAAUCAAAGAGACAUAUCAGAAGCACAAGCAGAAAGAUACCUCCAUGGCCGAACUGAAGCUAUUCACGAGCAACUUGCCCCACCUAAUUGCUGAGAAGGAGAAUGUGAGUAAGCAUACAGCCAUUGCAACUCUGCUGAAAGAUAAGUCACAAACUAUGGACUUCAAGGAGCAGAUCAGACAGGAACAGAACCUUCUCUUCAUGGACAGUAGCAUCAUCGGAUCUUCUGGACCAGUAGAUUUGGACAAGAGCAACCCUUUUGUGGAAACCUCGAUUGCUAAACAGGAACCAAUCACUAAGGUUCUGCGAUUAAUAUGUUUGCAAAGCGUACUCAACAAUGGACUGAAGCAGAAAGUACUGGACUUUUACAAGCGUGAAAUUAUUCAAACAUACGGAUAUCAAUAUCUAACCACACUUCUCAAUCUGGAGAAAGCGGGCUUAAUAGGCAGCCCAACUGCUCGCACGAUGCCCUCUAUUAAGAAAACCCUGAAGUUGAUAGACAUGGAGUUUGACUUCAGGAGUCCGAAUGACAUCAUCUUCAGUGUGUUUGAUGGAUACGCGCCUUUAUCAGUUCGACUGGGCCAGUUUAUCCGCACUCCCGGAUGGAGGAGCAUCGAAGAGAUUCUGAAGGUGCUGCCGGGUCCGAAGAUCGACGAGAGACAGGAAGUGCCAACUGCUCUUCGCAAGAAGCUUGAGGAUCCAACUGUUGCCUCCACUUUCAUGAAUGCAGACAACCCCCAGUUGACUCUGGUGUUCUUCAUUGGGGGAGUCACAUUUGCAGAAGUAUCCGCGUUCAGGUGUCUGUCGGCCAAUGAUGAGAAUGGAGCUGAGUUUGUGGUAGGCACAACAGCUGUAGUGAAUGGCAACUCCUUCAUCGAAGCCCUAAUGGACGACUAUUCACACGCAUUCGACACCACCGAACUCACUAGCUACAGCCAGAAGAGUCAGAGGAAACGGUGAUAUUAUGUUCACUAGUGGUUAUAACUUUUAUAAGUGUCUAUAGAAUACCCAUGGAAGCAACAUUAUUUCACAAAUUCUGUGGUAUUGCAAUGUGAUUAACUUAUGUAUUUAUCUGUCACCAUUUAAGUUUUGUCCAACAUGAUGUUGGGACGUUAAUCAUAUGUUUCUGUCAAAAAUUGUAGUCUAGAUUGAAUUAUAUAUUUGUUACGCUUUAAUGUCGAUAUUUAGAAAAAAAAUUCUUUUUGAAAAAUGUUGCUAUGAAAUCGUUCAU